AUGAACGUCAUCUUUAUAAUGAACGAUACCUUUCGCAGGGACCACUUGGGGUGUUACGGUAACGCUUGGAUUCAAACGCCCAAUCUGGAUGGGUUUGCCCAGCGCGCAGCUGUGUUUGAGCAAUUCUAUGCCGCUUCCUAUCCGACAGUGCCCAAUCGGUGGGACUUAGCGACUGGACGUUUCGGCUUCCCGUUUCGCGGGUGGCAGCCCCUGAGCCCUGGAGAUAUGACUUGGGGGCAGAUCCUGUCCGCAAACAGUGUGCAUACCCAAAUGAUCUGGGAUACCCCAAUGCUUGCGAUGCACGAUUAUAACUACACGCGCGGUUUUGGGGGACUCGGUUUUGUGCAUAGCCAGAAAGGCGAUCCAUGGAUAACUGAUCCCACUCUCGACAUUCAGCUAGGGGCGCAGCCCCAUAAAAUCCGCAACAUCCCCGGACUGCAAGGUUACCUCCGCAACCACGCCGCCCGCCAGUUUGAUCGUGAAUUCUGCAUUGGACGCGGGAUGUCGGAGGCGAUGGACUGGCUGGAAACUAACUACAACCAAGAGUCGUUUUUCCUCUAUAUUGAUAUGUGGGAUCCCCAUGAGCCGUUCGACUGCCCUUGGUACGAUUACGCGCUGUAUGCUGACCCCGACUACGAUGGAGAUCAGAUGUUGUACCCGGAAUACGGCCGCCCAACAUAUAUGACUGAGGCGGAGGCGGCACAUCUCCGGGCACUCUAUGCCGGCAACGUUACGUUGACGGAUCGGUGGGUGGGCGCAUUUCUGGAUCUGGCAGAACGGUUGGGACUCUUCAAAAAUACGCUCAUCAUCUGGGCUUCUGACCACGGACACCUAUUCGGAGACCACGACCUGCAAGGCAAACCGGGAGCGGAGCUUGGCAAACUCUACGAAGUCACCAUCCGAAUUCCCCUCUUGAUUCAUCACCCCGAGGGAUUGGGAGCAGGCGAGCGAGUUCGCGGUAUUGUCCAACCCCCUGACAUCUUGCCUUCAAUCUUGGAUUUCCUUGGAAUCUCGACACCAUCGCACAUCCAAGGAGCAUCCUUCCUACCCUUGAUGACAGGGGACGCGGCAAAGAUACGCGAUUACGCCUUUUCAAGUCGAUUCCCGCCCAGCGCGGGGACAACCGGCUAUACGCCGGUGGAGGGUGCCGCUUUCGACGGUUGGGUCGGCUCCGACCGAAACGUUGAACCCAGCACCAUCACCGAUGACGAGUGGGCUUACCUGUGCGCACCGCAAGGGAUGCCUUCCGAACUUUAUAACCUGAAAACUGACCCCGACCAGAAACAUAACGUCGUUGAUGCCCAUCCCGAUGUGGCUGAACGGAUGCGCAACGCUUGGAUUGAGUUUCUGACGAAUCACGGUGCCCCCGAAACCCGCAUUCGCCCCUUCCAAGAUGCAAACGUUGAGGUUCACACGCCGACGAGCGGGACGGUGUACGCCUUCCGAGACGAUCAGGUCAAUGGAUCGCUUUCCCCACUGAGGGACAGGCGCGACGUUCUGCGUAUCAAGACGAUGCGCCGGGACCGAAGCGGGAGAUUCAAAAGAUAA